UGUUGGGAGCUUGGAGGGAAGCAAAAUCAGAACCGAUACCAAUGCAAGGGUUUGUGCCUGUUUUGGUGGUUCUAUUUUAAUUAGCCUCCCUUUCCUUCUUUCAUUUCUCUAGGCAGAUAACAUCUCUCCUCUCUUUCUUCUUCUCACCACCUUCCUUUCUUGGUCCAUUCUCUGAAUCUACAACAUGGGAGAGGUGAAGAAGCCGCAGCCUUCUGGCGUAUGGCCAACAGUCAAGCCUUUUGUCAAUGGGGGUGCGUCUGGUAUGCUUGCAACCUGUGUCAUCCAACCCAUCGAUAUGAUCAAGGUGAGAAUCCAACUGGGUCAGGGAUCGGCUGGAACAGUGGCAAGGAACAUGCUUAAGGAGGAGGGUUUUGGUGCCUUUUACAAGGGCUUAUCUGCUGGGCUGCUGAGACAAGCUACAUAUACCACUGCCCGACUUGGAUCAUUCAGGAUAUUGACAAACAAAGCUAUUGAGGCCAAUGAUGGGAAGCCCCUGCCAUUAUAUCAAAAGGCUUUAUGUGGUCUGACUGCUGGAGCUAUUGGUGCAUGCGUUGGCAGUCCUGCAGAUUUGGCACUUAUCCGUAUGCAGGCUGAUGCCACAUUACCUGUUGCUCAGCGCCGGAAUUACAAAAAUGCUUUCCAUGCCCUUUAUCGUAUUGUUGCAGAUGAAGGGGUUUUGGCACUUUGGAAAGGUGCAGGCCCUACUGUUGUAAGAGCAAUGGCUUUGAACAUGGGAAUGCUUGCCUCUUAUGAUCAAAGUGUUGAGUUUUUCAAGGAUUCCCUUGGCUUUGGUGAAGCUGCAACAAUACUAGGGGCAAGUACUGUUUCAGGAUUCUUUGCUUCAGCUUGCAGUUUACCCUUUGAUUAUGUUAAAACACAAAUCCAGAAAAUGCAACCUGAUGCUGAGGGAAAGUUUCCAUACACUGGCUCUAUGGAUUGUGCCUUGAAAACACUCAAAUCUGGAGGACCGUUCAAAUUCUACACAGGAUUCCCUGUCUACUGUGUUAGAAUUGCUCCCCAUGUCAUGAUGACUUGGAUAUUCCUCAACCAGAUCCAAAAGUUGGAGAAGAAAGCAGGACUAUAAAUGGAGUGGGGACUUUUAUUGGAUCAAGGGUCAAAAAUAAAAUUAUCUGUUGGUUUUGCUGUUCUCUUUUUUGCUGGUUCGACAAUUUCACACCCUCGAAACCAAACCAUUUAUUUACAAAUUUUGAACUGAAGUUGAAUAGGAUCAGUUUAAUUUGUUACAAAUUAUUGUUAGGGUACCAUCUCGGUUGAUUCGAAAGACUCGAGAAAAUACAAGUGAAUAAUUAUUGUACUCUGAAAACAGGUACGGGGCAUGAAGAUUUGUUCUUCAUGAACUGAUUCUAGAACCAGGGACUGACUUACCCUUUUCAUCGAGUUUCUUGAGAAUUUUUUCUCCAGUUAUCUGCUCGCUAUAUCUUUUCCUGGUUUUUUAGGUUGUGUGGGUGGCUCUGCGGUUGUUUUGGACAAUUU